GUCGCCGGUUGCAGCUCUCCGCGCGCGACGCCUAUCCCGGCCCGUCCACGUCUCCGUCUCCGUCUCCGCUCCGCUACGCUCGCCGCCCGGUCCGCCACCUGCGCGAGAGUUCGUCGGGAUUUCUCAGGUUCUUUGGAAUAAAAGAGGAAAAUCAUAAAUGGAUAUCAUGCAGACAAGUGAUUCUUCACAAUAUGGAAUUGUAGAAAACAGCCCUUAUAGAAUUCCCUAUGAUAGACAUGCUGAAGAUGUCAACCUUGGUGCUUCAUGGUAUUUUAGUAGAAAAGAAAUAGAGGAGAAUUCCCUUUCAAGAAGAGAUGGCAUUGAUCUAAAGAAGGAGUCUUACCUUCGCAAGUCAUACUGCACUUAUCUUCAGGAAUUGGGUGUGAGGCUUAAAGUGCCUCCAGUGACAAUUGCUACAGCUGUAGUAUUCUGUCAUCGGUUUUUCCUUCGUCAAUCUCAUGCCAGAAAUGAUAGAAUGACAAUAGCCACAGUUUGCAUGUUCUUGGCGGGUAAAGUUGAAGAAACACCAAGACCGCUGAAGGAUGUCAUACUUAUUUCUUAUGAGGUCAUCCACAAGAAGGAUCCUGCUGCCGUUGCUCGAAUUAAGCAAAAGGAAGUGUACGAAAAACAGAAGGAACUUCUUUUAAUUGGGGAGCGGGUUGUGCUUGUAACACUUGAUUUUGACCUGAAUAUACACCAUCCUUACAAGCCCUUGGUUAAAGCAAUAGAGAAGUUCAACAAGGUUGCUCAAAAGGCACUUGCUCAAGCUGCCUGGAGUUUCGUCAAUGAUGGGCUGCGUACUUCACUUUGCUUGCAAUUUAAGCCCCAACAUAUUGCGGCCGGCGCAAUCUUCCUUGCCACGAAGUUCCUUAAAAUCAAGCUUCCAGCAGAUGGCGAGAAUUUCUGGUUGCAACAGUUUGAUGUAACCCCGCGUCAGUUGGAAGAGGUUAGCAACCAAAUGUUGGAGCUCUACGGGCCACCACCAGGGCAAGAUACUAAAGACAGCCCUGCAAGUGUGUCUGCUCUAGAGGAAGCUCCUGGAGCUUCCAAGGAGCCUUCCUCCCAGGAAAAUGAUGAAGCAUCCACACAAUCGAGCAUGCCAGGCCGUCACGGACCUGAAAAGCCAAGCUCGGGGAUACCCGCGAACGAAUCAUGUGGUGUUACCGUCACUAGCAAUGAAGGCCCCAGCAUGUUGUCAUCAACAGCGGAUGCAAUGAAAAAGUUAGACAAGGAUAAGGUUAAAGCUGCACCAGAGAAACAUGGGGAUUCGAAUGGUGAUGCUGGUAGAAAGGUUGACGCCGUGGACGGUGCGGACCUAAUUGGGAGCGAGGUGGAGCGCGGUGUGGAGCUGGCUGCAGAGGAUGAGGGGAAUACAGAGGAGAGAAGGCAGAGCUUGCCCAACCCCCCUCACCGAGAGGAUCACCAGAACGUCGCUGGCACAGCAGAGGACACGGAAGAGGAUCACCAGAACGUCGUUGGCACAGCAGAGGACACCGAAGAGGACCACCAGAACGUCGCUGGCAUGGCAGAGGAUACUGAAGAGGGCGAGCUGUCCAUGGACAUCCAGGAGCACCUUUAUCCUGAGCUCGACAGCCGAAAGAGGAAGGACGUGCAAGAGCAUGUGAGCCGCAACGGCAGCGAAAGGGACCUCAAAAGGCCAAGGUCAUAACAAUCGAGUAUUUGUCCAAACGGCAUUGUGCUAUGGAACGCGAGUGUUAAACCUGUUUUUUGGCACUCGGUGCUUGCUCGUUGUGUUGGGAGAGUUGAACUGUACUGUACUAUAAUUUGAAAAAAGAUGGUGUCCCCA